AUGAUUGAUGGAUCCUUUGUUAAUGUUCCAGAAGCAAUCAUACACGUAGCAGUCCGUUUUACAGGAAAAAUUACAGCAGCCGUGAUGGUCAAUCCAAUAUUCGACGUUAUCAUCGGAAACAUCAAAGGAGAUAUUGUACAGGAGCAGAAGAGCGACUCCUCAUUAGAAUCAGUGCGAAGGAAGCUGGCGGAGAAGUCUCUGAACAGGUCUUUUAAUGAAGAAACCUGUUUCAUCGAGAGGAAUAAGAGGAUCUACCGAAGGGUUCUGGCGUUAAAUGGAGAGGAGCGUCUCCAGUUCGUCGUUCCAGCGAGGUAUCGUCUUGCUGUUUUCCGGCUGGGUCACCACUCUGCUCUCGGAGGUCAUAUGGGUCAGAAGAAAACGCUUGACCGUAUUCAGGCGGAGUUCUUUUGGCCUGGCAUGGGUCAGGAGAUAUCAAGGUUAGUCCGCUCAUGUGAUAUUUGUCAAAAGACCAGUGACCGCGGACGCGUGAAACCUGCGCCAUUGAAACCUAUGCCGCUGAUCUCCGAACCGUUCGAAAGAGUCGCCGUGGACAUCGUGGGACCAAUCCACCCGAGAGCAAGCGAUGGAUGUAAGUACAUCCUCACACUCGUGGAUUUCAGCACGAGGUGGCCAGAAGCAGUGCCGCUCAGAAAUAUAGAUGCUGUCACCGUCGCCGAAGCCAUGGUGGAAAUCUUCUGCAGGAUCGGUAUUCCCAGGCAAGUGUUGAGUGAUAGAGGGACACAGUUUACCUCUGCAAUGAUGGAGGAAGUGCUCAGGCUAUUGUCGAUUAAGGGACUAAAAACAACUCCAUAUCAUCCGAUGUGUAAUGGUCUCUGUGAGAGGUUUAAUGGGACACUUAAAAAGAUGCUCAAGAGGAUGGCAGCAGAGCAGCCGAAGGAGUGGCCCCGCUAUCUUGCACCACUUCUCUUUGCUUACAGGGAAGUUCCCCAAAGUUCUUUGAAGUUCUCGCCCUUUGAACUCGUUUAUGGGAGAACAGUACGAGGACCUCUUCAGAUUUUGCUCUCUACUUGCGAUCUGGCUAAGCAAGAGUUGCUGAAAGCUCAGGAGACGCAGAAGGCAUACUACGACAGGAAAGCAAAGGUACGUCUGUUCAAGGCUGGUGAUAAAUGCCUUAUCCUCUUACCCACUUCUCAUAAUAAGUUACUAGCACAGUGGAAGGGCCCUUAUGAUGUUGUGGAUAAAGUGUCUAAUCAUAAUUAUUUAAUACAAGUGGGAAAUCAACAAAAACGAUUCCACAUAAACAUGCUGAAGGAAUACUUCACAGCUGAUACAGGAGGUGCGUCCUAUGUUGAGAGAGUUGUGGCGAAGCAAGACGCAAAGCUUUGCAUAACAAGAGAAGGGGCCAACAGUUGGUCUUUGCAACAGCAGCAGUAUCUCGAGUAUGUUAAAGCCUUCUUUUCGCAGAAAACCUCGAAACUCGGCAGUACUUCCACCACAACGUACAUCUGUGCCGCUGCGGUAAUUCCAGAAAGCGAGUGUGACGACGGACCCGUCACUGCACAAUCGUGGCAGACCGAGACCAUCGAUAAUGUGAAAGUGAGUGACACCUUAAAACCAGAGGAAAGAAAACAGUUAAGAUGCUUAUUGAACCAAUUUAGUUACAUAUUCUCAGAUAGACCAAAGGUUGCAAGGGUUAAUUACCAUCAUAUCGAACUAACUAGCUCUAAAGUUGUGAGACAGAAACCUUAUCCCAUACCUAUGAGAUUAGUGGACGCAGUAAAGAAAGAGAUCGAGGAUAUGGCAGAUGCGGGAAUCAUUGAAAAAUCUACGUCCCCCUUCUGUAGUCCUAUAGUGGUAGUGCAGAAAAAAGAUGGUAGUGUGCGUAUAUGUGGAGACUAUCGGAAAAUAAACACUAUUACAAAAACAGAUGCAGAACCAAUGUGUGACCAAAGAGCUAUUUUCUCCAGACUGACUGAAUCCAAGUUCUUUAGCAAACUCGAUUUAACAAAAGGUUUUUUCCAGAUACCUUUACACCCUGAGAGUCGAGAGGUCACAGCUUUUACCAGUCCUGCAGGUCUGUACCAGUUCAGAGUACUUCCGUUCGGACUCUCGAACUCACCAGCUGUAUUCAACAGGGUCAUGAGACAAGUGUUGCAAGGCGUCAAAGGAGUGGAAGCAUUCAUUGACGAUAUUCUGGUUCACUCCUCUACGUUCGAGGAGCAUCUGAAGAUCCUUGAGGAGGUAUUCCAGCGGUUACGGUGUGCAAAUAUGACUGUCAAGCCAAAUGCUUCACAGGAUGGUGUAGGAGCAGUUUUGAUGCAGGAAACGGAUGGUGAGAUCUAUCCCGUGGCCUACCACAGCCGCAAGUUAAAGUCCGCCGAGAGGAACUACAGUACGGUCGAGAAGGAACUGCUGGCAGUCGUCGACGGAAUCAAAAAGUAUUAUUUCUACCUCUACGGAGACAAGUUCCUGCUGGAGACCGACCACAUGCCUCUGGAGAGUCUACGCACGUCGAAGAACGCGAACGCUCGUCUGAUGCGCUGGGCAAUGUAUCUUCAGCAGUUCAACUUCGCCAUCCGCUACAUAAAAGGGAGUGCAAAUGUUGGCGCCGAUUUUCUCUCUCGUCUCGUGAGAACAACUGGCAGGACUCGGAGGAAUCUCUGCGCAGUGAUCAGAGAGGAGCGCAGCUGUGUGAUGGGACUAAGUGUAUGA